AAAUUAUCAAAAAUGGGCUGGCUUUAGUCUCUUAACAAAUUGGACACAGCUCCGGAAAGCAGCAGUCCCAAAUCCAACCUACAGGCACUGGGAACUUUAAAGCAUCCAGGGACGGCUGAAAAUAGCAUUUCUUUUUCUUUCUUUGUGUUCAAAACUAUUUUCUGUCUCCACCAGAUUUUUUUUUCUCCCCCGUUCCAGUUGUUUCCCAUUAGUAAUCCGAUCUCUCCAGAGCAGUAAGAUUCGCCUUCUUCUCCUUCUUUUCCCACCCCCUUGUUUGUUUGUUUUCCGCACAUCUCCUCCAGAAGCUAUUGGUGCUUUUUUUUUUCCUUCAAGAAGUUGGUUUUGCAAUUUCUCUCCUCUAUUCUUUCUUUCUCCGUCUUCUUCUCCCCUAGUCCACUACCCCCCACUCAGUGACUGUCUACGGUGUAGACUUUUUUUCCUUUUGGAUGAUCUGAGAUUCUGGGGUGUCUGUAUAUGGAAAUAGUGGGGUGCCGAGCCGAAGAAAAUACUUGUCCUUUCCGUCCCCCAGCCAUGCUUUUCCACGGAAUCUCCGGGGGCCAUAUCCAAGGGAUCAUGGAAGAGAUGGAGAGGAGAUCUAAGACGGAGUCCCGCCUGGCCAAAGGAGGGCAGAUGAAUGGCAGAGAAGCGAGCAUGCCCCCUAUGAGCCCUGAAAAGCCUGCUUUGUGUGCUGGUUGUGGAGGGAAGAUCUCUGAUAGAUAUUACCUGCUGGCCGUUGACAAACAAUGGCACCUGAGGUGUCUUAAGUGCUGUGAAUGUAAACUGGCUUUGGAGUCAGAGCUCACCUGUUUUGCCAAGGAUGGCAGCAUUUACUGCAAGGAGGAUUACUACAGAAGGUUCUCCGUGCAGAGAUGUGCCCGCUGCCACCUUGGGAUUUCGGCUUCCGAGAUGGUUAUGAGAGCCAGGGAGUCUGUCUAUCACCUGAGCUGCUUCACCUGCACUACCUGCAACAAAACUCUGACCACCGGCGAUCACUUUGGCAUGAAGGACAACCUGGUUUACUGUCGGGCCCAUUUUGAGACCCUUUUACAAGGAGAAUAUCCCCCGCAGCUUAGCUACACUGAGUUAGCGGCUAAGAGCGGCGGGUUGGCACUGCCUUACUUCAACGGCACUGGCACUGUCCAGAAAGGGAGGCCCAGAAAAAGAAAAAGCCCUGCCCUCGGAGUGGACAUCGUCAAUUACAACUCAGGUUGUAAUGAAAAUGAGGCGGAUCAUUUGGACAGAGACCAGCAGCCUUAUCCCCCGUCCCAGAAGACCAAGCGCAUGCGCACCUCCUUCAAGCACCACCAGCUCCGGACCAUGAAAUCCUACUUUGCUAUCAACCAUAACCCGGACGCCAAGGACCUCAAGCAGCUUGCCCAGAAAACGGGCCUGACCAAAAGAGUUCUGCAGGUUUGGUUCCAAAACGCACGAGCCAAAUUCAGAAGGAAUCUUUUGCGGCAGGAGAAUGGGGGUGUUGAUAAAGCUGAUGGCACAUCGCUCCCGGCACCGCCCUCAGCAGACAGCGGCGCUCUCUCUCCACCCGGCACUGCGACCACUUUAACAGACCUGACCAAUCCCACUAUCACUGUAGUGACAUCCGUGACCUCUAACUUGGACAGCCACGAAUCCGGAAGCCCCUCACAAACUACCUUAACGAACCUUUUCUAACAUUGGAUUUUUUUUUAAUUCUUCCUCUUCUUU